UUGAGUUUACAUUUUGUAAAAAAUAGUCAGCCCGGCAUAUUUAUUUUAGUAAAGCCGUGUUGCUUAAUAUUUUAUUUGUUAACCGUGAGGUAGUUGAUAGUAUUUGUGAGAAUGGCUUUCGGAUGUGUAUCGUUCCAUGUUAUAUGUACAGCAUUGACGGUGUUGUCGUCGGUCACAACAAACGCAGUUGCCACAUCACCGGAUCCCUGUAUGCUGCAUCCAUGUGUGCACGGGGCAUGUUUCUCGAGCGGUAGCAUCUUCAUCUGCCAAUGUCCGCCAGGAUACACAGGCACAAGGUGUGAAACAGCUGCAACAACUCCGGCACCCUGCUCUUCUAACCCUUGCCUCCAUGGGUCGUGCGCCAACCACGGAAGCAGCUAUACGUGCUCAUGCACAAGCGGAUACACGGGCACAAACUGUGACAAAGCCGGUCCUGUCGUGUGCCUGAAGUGUUCAUCCACUAUUGGAGCAGCCGAAUGCACAACAGUAGAAACGUGCGGCCCACACGAAGUUUGCUUUUCGGACGCAUAUUCAACAACAACAGGUAUACGCCGAGAAUAUGGAUGUCGAGACUCACAGUUAUGUGCUAGCAACCAAGUAGGACGACGGCGAUCAUCCAGUGGCGGACUAUUGGCUUGUACACAAUGUUGCCAGGGUGAUAUGUGCAAUUCGAAGCUCUGUGGGGAAAAUGGUGUUCAGCUGAACGGUGGACCAACGUGUUUUGCCUGUGACCAGUUUCAAGAUCCUGGUGCUUGCAACCAGAUUCAGCAUUGUGGUCGAGAUGAGAUCUGCGAAUUACUCCCAGACCUCUCAACCGUUACCCACAGCAAUCUGUACACAAGCCGGUGUGCAAAACCUCAGACAAAAUAA